AUGGGGCCUAGCUCAACAUCAAUGGGACAAGGAAACACUUCAUUUAUUCAGAAAUCCUCUCACUACAUUUCCAUUGUGAGACCUGCAACCCUAUGGGAGAGGAACAUAUCCCAUGCAAAUACCCUUCAGAUUCAACAACAGAACAAAGCCUCCCAAAUGGGUCGGUUAAAGAAUGAUUCUGGAUUUCCCCAAGUCAAAUUGAAGAACUCUCUGUCAAGGAAUAAGUUUCGUGAGGAAAUCCAAGCCGUUCUUUCUGGACUGCAGAGGUGUGAUCAUGAGGUCAGGUCCAGACCCAGGAUGAUGGCAAUGGCCAAAGAAGGAUCUUUUGGAGUCCUGAUUGGCCUGAGAAACUGGAACCUUCCUUCAGCGACAGGAAAGAUUCGGACUCCAGGAGCAUGUAAAAGCCUGCUUUGUGCCCACCCGCACACCAUCCCAAGGUCUCCAGUUUUGAGCGCAGCUUCUUUGGAAGAAGAGAGCCAUGCAGAAGCCAGUUCCUUCCAGACACCAUCCAGUGAAUGUGAUGAGGCCCUACUGAGCUUCACUGUCAGAGGAGAAAUUAAGAGAGCCAGAGCAGCACCUAAAGAGGCCUGGAAGAGUCCAGUUUUGGCAAAGAACAUGACAAAAAAGCCUAUUAGAUCCCACUCAGUCACUCCUUUGAACCUGGAGGCUGCAGGCACGCACAUCAGUAGGCAUGCGAGACUUCAGAACCGGCCCUCCUACAAUUCUAGGGGAGAUUCUGCCCCACUGGGUCCCGCUGCGAGGCCUUCCACCGCCAUCGGCCUCUGCAGGAAAAGCCAGACCCCUUCGGCUUCGUCGGGUGUCCGGAGUUCCUCCGAGCUGGAGCUGGAGGACAGGAAGGCAGCCCCAGUAGGAGCUCAGGCGGACCCCCAUCGCCAAAGCCGGCCCCGGGGCGCGGCCCUAAGUCCGGCUGGAGGAGGCGCAGUUGCCAUGGCACCAGAGAUGCUCCCCAAGCAUCCUCAUCCCCCGGAGAAAAGGGGGCCCAGGGCGGACGCCUCUCUUCACGGCAAUCUGGCAGGAGCUCCCCUUCCUCUGCGGGCCGGUGCUCUCACCCAUCUCCCCUCAAAGAAGUUAAUCAAGGUUCGCUCUUCUCCCUCUGCCCGCCCACCCCAGCGUUUCCAUACGGUUUGUUCACAGACCCCUCCUAGGCCGGGGUUGGGGGUGGGGGGGGCGGUGAAUGCUCACUUACAUUGA